AUCAAACAUGCCGAACAAGGAAAUGAAGUUAAAAAUGAAAUUCGAUACUCUGAAUUGUAAAUCCGACGUAUAUAUUAUAUAGAGUGAGAGACCCUCCCAUUUUCCUUAUUGCUAAACCCUUCCCUUUUCUCAGUCUAGGGUUUAACAUCACUCUCUCAACGAUCCAAGGACUGCACAAUCCCUCUUUAGGUUGUAGGAAUGGCUUUGUUCAGAAAAGCUGCAAGUAUUCUUGGGAGGACUGUUAGCAGCAGAAUAAAUCAUGAAACUUCAGCGUCCAACCUCUCUAUUUUUCAAGCGAUAAGAUGCAUGUCUAGUUCAAAGGUUUUUGUUGGAGGACUUUCUUACAACAUAGAUGACCAAAGUCUUGGAGAGUCUUUUGAUAAGUAUGGAGAAGUUAUUGAUGCCAAGGUGAUUGUUGACCGUGAAACUGGGAGAUCCAGGGGAUUUGGGUUUGUUACUUUUGCUUCUGCUGAGGAGGCAUCAGCUGCCAUUCAGGCACUGGAUCAGCAGGAACUUCAUGGUCGUCAGGUGAAGGUUAACUAUGCAAAUGAUAGGCCACGUGGAGGCUUUGGUGGUGGCGGUGGUUUUGGUGGAGGCGGUGGUUUUGGUGGUGGCAGUGGUUAUGGUGGUGGCGGAUAUGGUGGAGGUGGUGGUGGUUAUGGUGGCAGUGUUGGUGGUGGUUUUGGUCGAAGUAGUGAUUAUGGUGGCAGUGGUGGUGGAAGUUUUGGAGGUGGAGCUGAUACCGGAGGUUAUCCUGCAGCUGGAGAGAGCCAAAGUGGAGGUGGUGUUACCAGAGGCUUCGGUGGUGAUUCAGGUAGCUAUGGUUCAGGUGCAGCAGAUGGUGGAUUUGGGGGUGGUGGUGAGGCAAGCUACAGAGACGGCGACACCCAGAACAACUUUGCUGAUAGGCGGGGUUGAUAUAGCAAUCCCCUGCAAUUGGUUCAAUUAAUAAUGGAAGCUGCAAGAGAUAUACACUGGUAUAUGGAAUUUUGAUUGUGGUUUCUUCCAUAGUUCCUCCAACUUGUCUUAUUAUAAGUAUUUCAUUUUUUUUCUUGAUCUUGUUUACUAGUUGUAGUUUAUUAUAAGGUUUUUAAGUGCUGAGCUGCCAAAUCUUUAUUUGGUGUUUGAUAUGAUGACAAUAUUAUCCAAAUAUUUUACUUUAACAGCUACUCGUUAUAGGCUUUA